UAGAACACAUUUAGUUUAAUUAUUCACAUUAAGGCAAACGGUUCAAAGUUUUAUUAAAAUAAAAUAGUUUUGUACGUACUUUCGUACUGCUUUAAUACAAAAUGAACAUCUUUUUCCCAUUAACUGCUUUAUUUAUGUUGGGCAUGUUGACAGCUGUUACUGCAGUCUCUGAGCCCGUCUGUUCCUACAAAAAUUCCCAGGGUGAGACGGUAUUUCUGAAAUAUUUGCCUUAUUUAAAAAAAGGCGAAGAUUAUGUUGAUUUCGGUGCUAAUGGUUUAUGUACCAAGCAAGCAACUUGCACGGAAACGUUUAAAACCGAAGUUGAAGAUUGCUCCAAAUAUCCUGUGAGUUGCUCUAACAAAAAUACUUUUAAUGGGGUAUUUCCUGCUUGUUGUGUAAAGUGUUAGCAAGUUAACCACAUCCAUAUCUGACAAUAAACAUUUUAAAACGAAUAUUUUAAUUUCAAAUAAAACGCAAUAUAUAAUGGCAUAAAAUGUUGUA